CUACGAUCCUCUUUUUAUGAUCGGUCCCCAGAGUGUGAUCCUCAGCUCCUGCACCACCUCUGCUGGUCUCCCCUCAAGAUGUUCACCGAGCACGGCAUGGAGACCGCUAUCGCUUGCUGGGAGUGGUUGCUGGCAGCACGUGCUGGAGUGGAAGUACCGUUCAUGCGAGAGAUGGCGGGGGCGUGGCAGAUGACCGUGGAGCUGAAGAUGGGAUUGUUCUCAGACGCUCAGGUGGAGGCUGAUCCUCUGGCUGCAUCAGAGGAAAGUCAGCCCAUCCCCUGCCCUCCUGACGUUACCCCUCACCACAUAUGGAUCGAGUUUCUAGUCCAGAGGUUUGAGAUUGCAAAGUAUUCCAGCGCAGAUCAAGUAGAAAUCUUUGGCAGUUUACUUCAACGCUCACUGUCUCUCAACGUAGGCGGGGCUAAGAGUAGCCUCAACCGCCACGUAGCUGCUAUUGGACCUCGUUUCAGGCUGCUGACUCUGGGUCUGGCUCUGCUCCACUCUGACGUCGUCACCAAUGCGACUGUGAGGAAUGUGCUCAGAGAGAAAAUCUAUUCCACAGCCUUUGAUUACUUCAGCGUGUCUCCAAAGUUUCCCACCCAAGGCGACAAGCGUCUCCGCGAGGACAUCAGCAUCAUCAUCCGUUUCUACGCCAGCAUCCUGUCCGACAAGAAGUACCUGGCAGCGUGCCACUUGGUCCCACCUGAUAAUCAGGACCGUCGUCCUUGA